AUGGAUGAGAUUGUUCGGAAGCGUCAAGCAAAUAGCCGACGGUUCAAGAGAAAGCAACAAACGCAAAAUGAUGAAUGUGCUGAAGAGUCUUCUGUUCUUCACUUGAAAGAAGCUCAAGAUUACCAAGGACGUUCAUUCCUUGUACCACCCGCAUUUACUGGUGUCAAUUUGCGAGCAGAUUAUGUACCAGAGAAAUGUUUCAUUCCGAAGAAACAAGUCCAUGUGUACAGAGGACACACCAAAGGAGUCAACUGCCUUCAGUGAUGUUUCAUUCCCAAGAAACAAGUUCAUGUGUACAGAGGACAUACCAAAGGAGUCAACUGCCUUCAGUGGUUCCCCAAGAGUGCGCAUCUAUUUCUGUCUUGCUCUAUGGAUACUAAG